AUGCUGGUUGCUAUGAGGAAGGCCCCAGAUGACGAAAUGAGUGUCCGUGCUGUUGGCCGCAAAUACAACAUUGACCAGACCAUGCGACAUUGCUAUGACAUUGUAAAAGAUACAAAAUGCUCAGAAUUCUGUAUUGUCAAAUUUCUAGAAAGCUGUCGCGUUAUACCAUGGAUGAAUCCAAGAGAAGUUCCCACGUUGGCAUUCCAAUUUGCGACCGGGAACGGCAAGACGGUUCAGAGGAAUUGGAAGGUAGAUGACGAAAAUGACAAAAGGCUGAUAGCAGUUUACAAACGUCAUAAAUUUGGACCAGAGACUAUCUACAACAUCGACGAAACAGGAAUUACUACUGUAGAGCGUCCUAGCAGAAUUGUUGCUCAGAAAGGUGUGAAGCAAGUUGGUGCAAUUGUUUCACAAAAGCGUGGUCAAUUGGUUAUUUUGGCUUUUGCACUUAAUGCUUUAGGGAACAGUAUUUCAUCUGCAUUUUUAUUUCCGAGUGUUCAUUACAAAGAUCACUUUGUUAGAGGCGGACCAGCUCACCCUUCUGGGUGGAUAACAGAAGUUAAUAUCUGGAAGUUGAAGAACAUCUGGUCAAACAUGCACAUUUUUCAAUUGAGAAUCCAAUCAUGUUGCUACUUGACAAUCAUGAGUCACAUGUAUCUAUAUUUGUGUUGGACAACGGAAAAAAGAGUAGAAAUAAAAUAA